UGUAAAUGCUUGUGGAUUUUGGGUUUUAUGAAAAUAGUGUCAAAACUUGUGUAAUUAUUCUUCAGGCAUGGCUUCGAAGCUCGUUCUGAACCGACUGAGAUCUCUCUGUAGAGUCUCUCAACUCAGCGACGUUCGUUUUGAUAAACUAACAGACCGGAAUUCCAUCUUCUCCACGUUACAAAAUCAUGUAAAAUGGCGAUCUUAUUCGGAAGCUUCUCAGCCAACGCCGAUAAAUCAUCCUCCAUCCCUUAAUACUUCUAAUACAACUUCAAGUUCUCUCAAUGAAUUUGAACUUGCUAAAUUCUCCGCCAUUGCCGAAACCUGGUGGGAUGCAGAAGGACCCUUCAAGCCAUUACAUCUGAUGAACCCUACAAGACUUGCUUUUAUUAGGUCUACUCUUUGUCGGCAUUUCAGGAAAGAUCCAAAUUGCACUAGACCUUUUGAAGGACUGAAGUUUGUUGACGUUGGUUGUGGAGGCGGAAUUUUAUCUGAGCCUUUGGCUCGAAUGGGAGCUACUGUCACGGGAGUUGACGCUGUAGACAAAAAUAUUAAGAUUGCUCGCCUUCAUGCGGAUUUGGAUCCACAGACUUCUUCAAUUGAAUAUCAGUGCACAACAGCUGAAAGCCUGGUUGAAGAACAGAGACAAUUUGAUGCUGUGCUUGCGCUAGAGGUGAUUGAGCAUGUAGCUGAUCCUGCUGGAUUCUGCAAAUCGCUAUCCGCAUUGACCAUUCCUGGUGGUGCUACAGUGAUAUCAACAAUUAAUCGUUCAAUGAGAGCAUAUGCAACAGCAAUUGUUGUAGCAGAGUAUCUCCUACAUUGGCUUCCGAAAGGUACACAUCAAUGGUCAAGCUUUCUAACCCCAGAAGAACUAGUCCUCAUUCUUCGGCGUGCUUCUAUAACUGUGCAAGAGAUGGCUGGAUUUGUGUACAACCCUUUGACGGGUCGUUGGUCCUUGUCUGAUGACAUCAGUGUUAAUUUCAUCGCUUUUGGAACAAAACUAGUCAAUAAGGACAAAACUCUAGAUUAAGUUGCAAUAAAGAUAACAAUUUUAUUCUGCUGUUAUCUCUUAAACCAAUCUGUAAUUGUAUGUAAUUCUCUUUUUCAAUUUUGUUGGAGGGUGAAUGCAAUUUCCCA